UCGCGCCCGAGAGGCUGCUGUGUCGCGCGCAUGGCGGCGGCGGCAGCGGCGGCGCGUGGGCAGGGCUUCACCGGAGGAGCCUCGCGAAGUCCGCCCCGUGGAAGGAACGGAAACGUCUCUCUACACAAGGUCCUUCUGCCGCGCACGCGCAAAAGCCCGGAAAUAUGGACCACUUGAUCUGAACAUAUAAGUUUAUUGCAAGCAUGAGAAUCCAAGAAGAACUGAAAAUACCUUUAAAAAAUUGGAGAUAAAUUUUUAGUGUGUAGAAGCACUUUUAAGAAUGAACACUACAGCUGGUUGUGUUGGUAACUACAGAAGGAUGAGAAGAACACUAUGAUGGCAAAGAACAAAGAGCCUCGUCCCCCUUCCUAUGCUAUUAGUGUGAUUGGACUUUCGGGGACUGAAAAGGAUAAGGGGAACUGUGGAGUUGGGAAAUCGUGUUUGUGCAAUAGAUUUGUGCGUUCAAAAGCAGAUGAAUAUUACCCCGAACAUACCUCUGUGCUUAGCACAAUUGACUUUGGUGGACGAGUUGUUAAUAAUGAUCACUUUUUGUACUGGGGUGACGUAACACAAUGUGGAGAGGAUGGAAUAGAUUGCAAGAUUCAUGUUAUUGAACAGACUGAGUUCAUUGAUGAUCAGACUUUUCUGCCUCAUCGGAGUACGAACUUACAACCAUAUAUAAAGCGUGCAGCUGCAACCAAAUUGCAGUCAGCAGAAAAACUUAUGUAUAUUUGCACAGAUCAGCUUGGAUUGGAGCAAGACUUUGAGCAAAAGCAAAUGCCUGAAGGGAAGUUAAACAUUGAUGGAUUUUUAUUAUGCAUUGAUGUAAGUCAAGGAUGCAAUAGGAAGUUUGAUGACCAACUUAAAUUUGUGAAUAACCUCUAUGUUCAGCUAUCAAAAUCUAAAAAGCCUAUAAUAAUAGCAGCAACUAAAUGUGAUGAAUGUGUGGAACACUAUUUACGAGAAGUUCAGGCAUUUGCUUCAAAUAAGAAGAACCUUCUGGUAGUAGAAACAUCAGCAAGAUUCAAUGUCAACGUAGAGACGUGUUUUACUGCACUGGUACAAAUGAUGGAUAAAACCCGGGGUAAGCCUAAAAUAAUUCCCUAUCUGGAUGCCUAUAAAACACAGAGGCAACUUGUUGUGACUUCAACGGAUAAAUUUGAGAAACUUGUUCAGACUGUGAGAGACUAUCAUGCCACUUGGAAAACGGUUAGUAAUAAACUGAAAAAUCACCCAGAUUAUGAAGAAUACAUUAAUUUAGAGGGAACAAAAAAGGCCAAAAAUACAUUUUCAAAACACAUAGAGCAGCUUAAGCAAGAGCAUAUAAGAAAAAGAAGAGAUGAAUACAUCAAUACAUUACCAAGAGCUUUUAACACACUUCUGUCAAAUCUUGAAGAGAUUGAGCAUUUGAGCUGGUCUGAAGCUUUGAAAUUAAUGGAAAAAAGGCCAGAUUUCCAACUAUGUUUUGUGGUGCUGGAGAAAACACCCUGGGAUGAAACUGAUCACAUAGAUAAAGUGAAUGACAGGAGAAUUCCAUUUGACCUUUUGAGCACGCUAGAAGCGGAAAAAGUCUAUCAAAACCACGUGCAGCAUCUAAUAUCAGAAAAAAGGAGAGUUGAAAUGAAGGAGAAGUUCAAAAAAACACUUGAAAAAAUACAGUUCAUUUCUCCUGGGCAACCCUGGGAAGAGGUUAUGUGUUUUGUAAUGGAGGAUGAAGCUUUUAAAUAUAUUACAGAGGCAGAUAGUAGAGAAGUAUAUAGUAGACAUCAACGGGAAAUUGUUGAAAAAGCCAAAGAGGAAUUUCAGGAAAUGCUCUUUGAGCAUUCAGAACUGUUUUAUGACCUGGAUUUGAAUGCAACACCUAGUUCUGAUAAAAUGAGUGAAAUUCAUGCAGUUCUGAGUGAAGAGCCUAGAUACAAAGCUUUACAGAAACUUGCACCUGAUAGAGAAUCUCUUCUAUUAAAACACAUAGGGUUUGUAUAUCAUCCCACUAAAGAAACCUGUCUCAGUGGCCAAAACUGUAUGGACAUUAAAGUAGAACAGUUGCUUGCCAGAAGCCUCUUGCAAUUGGACCACGGUCGCUUAAAUUUAUAUCACGAUAGUGCCAAUAUUGAUAAAGUUAAUAUUUUCAUUUUGGGUAAAGAUGGUCUGGCGCAAGAGCUGGCAAAUGAGAUUCGGACUCAAUCCACGGAUGACGAGUAUGCCUUAGAUGGAAAGAUAUAUGAACUUGAUCUUAGGCCAGUUGAUGCAAAGUCACCUUACCUUCUAAGUCACUUAUGGACUUCUGCCUUCAAACCACAUGGAUGUUUCUGUGUGUUUAAUUCAAUUGAAUCACUCGCUUUUAUUGGAGAGUCGAUCACUAAAAUCAGGACCGAAGCAUCUCAGAUAAGAAGAGACAAAUAUAUGGCCAGUCUUCCAUUUACAUUAAUACUGGCUAAUCAAAGAGACAGUGCUAGCAAGCACUUGCCCAUUCUGAGACACCAAGGACAGCAAUUGGCAAACAAGUUGCAGUGUCCUUUUAUAGAUGUGCCUGCUGGUACUUACCCACGCAAAUUUAAUGAGGCUCAAAUAAAACAAGCUUUGCGGGGAGUUUUGGAAGCAGUUAAACACAAUUUUGAUGUUGUGAGUCCCGUUCCUACAAUUAAAGACCUAUCGGAAGCUGAUUUGAGAAUUGUCAUGUGUGCCAUGUGUGGAGAUCCAUUCAGUGUAGAUCUUAUUCUUUCACCCUUUCUUGACUCUCAUUCCUGUAGUGCUGCUCAGGCUGGCCAGAAUAAUUCCCUCAUGCUGGAUAAAAUUAUAGGUGAAAAACGGAGGCGAAUACAGAUAACAAUAUUAUCAUAUCAUUCUUCAAUCGGUGUAAGAAAAGAUGAACUUGUUCAUGGGUAUAUACUAGUUUACUCUGCUAAACGGAAGGCAUCUAUGGGAAUGCUUCGAGCAUUUCUUUCAGAAGUACAAGAUACGAUUCCUGUCCAAUUGGUGGCUGUUACUGAUAGUCAGGCAGACUUUUUUGAGAUUGAGGCUAUCAAAGAAUUAAUGACGGAAGGUGAACAUAUAGCUACUGAGAUUACAGCUAAAUUUACAGCUCUGUAUUCUUUGUCUCAAUAUCAUCGUCAGACUGAGGUUUUCACAUUGUUCUUCAGUGACGUUUUAGAGAAGAAAAACAUGAUUGAAAAUUCUUACAUGUCUGAUAGUACAAGAGAGGCAACACAUACAAGCGAGGAUGUUUUCCUGCAUUCUCCCAGAGGAGGUGCUCUUACAUACAAUUACUAUCCAGAUUCAGAAGAUGAUACUGAAGCCCCACCUCCUUACAGCCCUAUGGGGGAUGAUGUACAGCUUAUCCCAAAAGAUCGAUUCGAUUUGGAAGGUAAUGAAUACCCUGUUCAUAGCACACCACUUAACUGUCACGAUCAUGAACGCAACCAUAAAGUGCCUCCUCCAAUAAAGCCAAAACCAGUUGCACUCAAGCCCAAUGUGAAAAAACUAGAUCCAAACCUGUUAAAAACUAUUGAGGCAGGUAUUGGCAAACCGAGAAAAACUAGAACAACUCUGGCACCAUCUGAUGAUCUAGAUCAAUCUGAUAAUUAUGCAGAACCUAUAGACACCAUUUUCAAGCACAGAGGUGUUACUGAUGAUAUCUACGCAAUUCCAGAUGAUAGUCAGAAUCGCAUGAUUAAAAUUCGAAACUCAUUUACUAUAAAUAAUACCCAAGGAGAUGAAGAAAAUGGAUUUCCUGACAGAAUGUCAAAGACCCACGGCGAAAGAAGACCUUCGAAAUACAAAUACAAAUCUAAAACACUCUUCAUCAAAGCCAAAUCUUAUUAUAGGAGAGCACAUUCAGAUGCAAGUGAUGAUGAAGCUUUUACAACAUCUAAAACUAAAAGAAAAGGAAGACAUCGUGGCAGUGAAGAAGAUCCCCUUCUGUCCCCAGUGGAAACAUGGAAAGGUGGCAUUGAUAACCCUGCUAUUACAUCAGAUCAAGAGUUAGAUGACAAAAAGAUGAAGAAGAAAACUCAGAAAGUAAAAGAAGACAAAAAACAAAAAAAGAAAACCAAGACAUUUAAUCCACCAACUCGUAGAAAUUGGGAAAGUAAUUACUUUGGAAUGCCCCUGCAGGAUCUGGUUACACCUGAAAAACCUAUACCACUCUUUGUUGAGAAGUGUGUGGAUUUCAUUGAAGACACAGGUCUAUGUACUGAAGGUCUCUAUCGUGUUAGUGGGAAUAAAACUGAUCAAGACAACAUUCAGAAGCAAUUUGAUCAAGAUCAUAAUAUCAGUCUGGAAUCUAUGGAUGUGACAGUAAAUGCUGUGGCAGGAGCUCUGAAAGCUUUCUUUGCAGAUCUACCAGAUCCUUUAAUUCCUUAUUCACUACAUCCAGAAUUAGUUGAAGCAUCAAAAAUCCUUGAUAAAACAGAGAGGCUCUAUGAAUUAAAAGAAAUUGUGAAGAAAUUCCAUCCAGUGAACUAUGAUGUCUUCAGAUAUGUAAUAACUCAUCUGAACAGGGUUAGUCAACAAAGCAGAACCAAUCUUAUGACUGCAGAUAACUUAUCUAUCUGUUUCUGGCCAACAUUAAUGAGACCUGAUUUUGAAAACAGAGAGUUUCUAUCAACCACCAAGAUCCUUCAAUCCGUAAUAGAGACAUUCAUUCAACAGUGCCAGUUUUUCUUCUAUAAUGGAGAAAUUUUAGAAACCUCUGACAGUGUGGCACACCAGCCUCCACCUUCCAACCCAGUGCAGAUGGUGGAUCCCAUCAUACCACUACAGUUACCGCCACCUCUACAACCUCAGUUGAUACAACCCCAGUUGCAAGCAGAUCCUCUUGGGAUUAUUUAAAUAUAACAACUGAUAGCAAAAAGAAGAUGAUUGUAGGCAGCUUGGCAUUGGAUAGAAAAGGAAAACUAGACAUGCAUGUUUCAAGAUACAAAAGCAACGAUAGUACUUAUGACAACAUCUGGAUUCAAGCUCAGACCUUUCUGUUAUAGUCAUACUAUACUCCUUGUUUCUUAAACACUGCAGGUCAAAAUUAUCUGAUUAGCAUGACUGGAGCGGUUUAAUUUAAAAAAACAGAACCAGAAAUAACUAAAGUGCAAAGCUGCUGUUGCAUGAACAUUUAUUGCAAUCACUAUCAUUCCUGUGACGGUUUGUCACAAUAUAUUGUGAAUAAAACUUUUCUAUAGAAAUGUAAUGAUUAAAUAAAUCAUUUAUGGAACAUUCAAUGCUUACAGCCUGCUUUAGGGCUGUUUUUGUUAUUUAAUGUCCUUUUUUCCUGGCAGUUUCAUUCCCAUUUAACCCUUUGCUGUGGACAGCUAAAAUAGAGUUGUAUCUUAUUUGUAAAUUCCAAACUACUUAUGCUACAGUACAAUUUGUUUCAGAAAGAACAUAAGCUGUACUGUUAUAAAUACCACACUCUUGUACCUUCCAUUUCUCUUCAAGAAACCUGUGGACAUUUUUGUUUGAGGGGUUGAUAAAAUUAUUUUUUCUUACAGCACAAUACCAAGGACAUGCUUAUUGUAAAAGUGAGUUUAACCAUUGUGCAAAAAUGUUGCUAUUACCUAUUUUUCCCUUAUUUUGUAAUACUGUUAAUUCUGUAAACAGCUGCAUGUUUGAAAGAUCAUUGAUGGUCUUGUAAACCUAAUCUAAUAUAUUUUAGAAAUUUUAAUUUUUCCCAUUGGGAAUUCAUCUAGUAUAUAGAAAAUAGUUUGACAUUUUCAUAUAAGGCUAUAUAACUUUUCAUACAUAAAUGAAAAUUUUGUUGUAGUGUAAACUUGCUAAACCAAACGAUUUAGGACUUAAAUUUAACAUAUACGCUAUAUAUAUUUUUCUGUGGCCCUUUAAAGGUAUAAAAAAGCAUUGCUAAUAUAUAGCAAUAAAUACUUUGGGUACUGAAGCAUCUUAAUAUGUACAUAAAAUGAUACUUGUAUUCAUGUGGUUUUCUUUCUGUGAUCUGUUGUACUAAAAUUCAAAAUUACUGUUUUUGCACCAUUUUAAAAUUAUUUUUCUUUUACAUUGGUACAAGUUUUGCUGUAAAAGAAUGCUGCUUAAUUUAAACAUCCUUGGUUAAUCUUUGGUGUUCAGUAAAUGUGAUAGAAGGCUAAUUAUCAUGCAACAAAUUAUUGCAGAUCCUAAAAUUAUUUUUUGAGUUUCUUUCUUGCUCAAAAAAUCAACAACCCCUGAUUUCUUCAGCUGCUGAGAUAUCUUGAGUAGAUGGCAAAACCUUGUAGACACUAUUGUAAUUUUCAUUCAGUUUGCUAUCUAAUAUAGCAAGUAGAACAAUUUUGAAUUUCAUCCUUCUUAAGAAUUGAUCUGCAUUUUCAUUUUAAGAAUUAAGUUUCUUAAGAGUUUUGCUCCAUUUCUCAAAAAUAAAAAUUGCCUUUUUCAAUUGUUAUGUCCUAGGUAUUGUACUUCCAAUUAUGACUUGGCUUAUCAUUCUAGCUAAGAUUCCUUAAACAGGCUGCUGUUAAGUAUUUGUAUAUUAUAAAUUAUCUUGAUAUUUGUGUUAUAUUCUUGCAACUAUCUUUUUUAAAUAACAACCACAAAAAACCCUCUAUUCAAAUUCAAAGCACACAGGAUAUAAAUACAAGAAUAAAAUUUCGUCCUAUAAAUGUAGUAGCAUUAACUUGUUUUACAUUACAUCUGUUGUCUAAAUAGCUUUUAUUUAUAGCUAUCAGUUUAACAUAGGCAUGUUAAGAAAAAAAAUUAAACUUCAAGAGUUUUAUAAACUGUUUCUAGGUUGCUAAAGAAUUUAUUUUUCUACUAUAGAUGGUUUAAACAAAAGCAUCAAACUGUACAGAAAAAGCUUAUUUCUAUUUCAAGUAGGCUUACAUUUUUCAUUCAUAUCCAUUUAAAGAAUUUGUCUAACAGAAUGAGAGUUGAGAUUCGUUUUUCCACUUAGAAUUCCAUUUUUUUGUAAGCUAGUGUAUUUUAGUUCACCGUGUUGAUAAACUAUUUUAUUACCUAUCAGAUAGGUUUGCAGAACUUGUUUUCAAGUCGUUAUAGACAACUAUUUGAAACAACCUAUUUUUGUUAGGAACUUCUGCUUAUCCUAUAACCAGUUAGAAUGCUGUUCUUUAGUUGGGCUAGAAUAUGAUCCACCGUCAUGGCUGUCACAUCAAAGCAGCCUUUCACAACCUUGUGCCUGCCAGGAUGUUUUGGGUUCCAGUUUCCAUCAGCUCCAUCCAGCACGAUGAGGGAUGGUGGGCACUCGCUGUAGUCCAAAAUACCUGCAGGGCAUUGGGGCUAUAAGGCAGCCUUACAGCAAUGCACAGGGCAUACAACAAUGCACAAGUAUGUCUGUAUCUGCAUAUCCCAUAAUCUGAAGGCAACUUUAGCACUCCCUACUGCUACGUAAAACUCAAUGGUGCCCCUAGGUUGCAAGCUUUGUUAACACUUCAGAAAAUACUUGCAUGUGUCACCUACUUGCUCCUUCUGUGAUCUUUACGUUGAAAUUAAAGCGCUACGGAUGCUACUCAGAAGGCUUUCAGCAACCCACUUUUCUUUUGCCUGUCGUUUUUUGCUUUAGCAGCUUUUCAUACACACAUACCCGCUUAAAACAUUUGGUUGUUAAGUGAAAACAGGAGGCAAAUCAGACACACUAUGGUCUUUGGAGGCCAAGUGCCCCAUAUAAUCUGUGAGAAUCCUAUGCAUGACAUAGAUGUUAUAAACAGCUGACCUACACAGAAUGAUUACUCAUCCCGCAGUUUGGCUUGCUCAUUUUGGCUAGUGAAACAAUCCUUUAUCGCUUACUCCCUGCCCCCUGCCCCCAUGUUUCAGGUCCUAGACAAUUUGUUGAUAUUGUGAAUUUGGUCAGUUACAGUAAUGUGAACAGUGCUCAACAGUUGUCAGUUUGAUUUCCUCAUGCUUCAUACUGACCUUUGUUAUUUUCUGUGUGUUUCUGAAAUAAACAGUUUAGGCUGCAGUCCUUGGCACAGUUGUGCUUGAGCAAAUUCCAUUGAGAAUCAGUGACAUGGAUUAUAGCCUUAGUCUAUGAUCCUGAGCUUAGUUACUAGGGAGUCAGGCCCAUUGAAGUUGGUGGGACUUAUUUCUAAAUAGCUGUGCUUAGCAUCAUGCUGUUGUGUGUCUAAUGCGUAUUUGAACAUUUUAUGAGUAUGUUUAGUCUCACACAUAAUACAUUAUAUGUGGUAUUUUAUAUUAAAUGAUGUUUUACAGAUUAUUUUUACAUUACACUCAACUUUAAGGAUUUUAACAUAGUGUAAAUAGGUAUACAACUUUAAUGGAGAGCAACAAUUUUUCUCAUUGUAUGUUUUCUGCAUUACUUGAAUACUGGUCGCUAGAAACUACCAUUGACUUGUUUAUUUUUGAGGUACUGGAGUUUAGUUUCUAAUCUCUCUUUAAAAUGGUAAAGAAAUGAACUAAUUGGAGAACUUUAAAAAUUAGGCCUUAGCUUCCAUUGUGAUUUUUUUUUUUUACAGUAACUGUGAUGCUAUAUCAGCUGAAUAUAUAUAUACUUUUAAAGUUCUUUAUAAUUCAUGUAAUCUUGUCACACCACCUACAGAAUGCUACAGUGAAUUAAAUAUCGGUGAAGCUUAUCUGUAUGCAGAAUGCAAUGAAUAAAACAUUAAGAUGCC